AUGAUUGACCAUAAAAGGCGGCCAGCCUCUCCAAGCCGUUCAUUAACGGCCCUUGCUGUGGAAGGGAUGCCGUUGCUGCACGAGUUCUAUUUUCAGACUUUGUCCUCGGAUAUUGUUGGCUGCUGCGCCGUGCUUCUAUGCCUGGAUAGGGCUCCCUUCCCCUCCAGAUCCAUCGUUCUUCUCACUCCUAAGCAUAAGCCGAGCGUCCCCGGCCCUGGCACUAUCAUCAUCAGUUCAGAUGUGGAGAUGGAUGAACACCGGCCCCCGGCACGAAAGCUGCAAAGGAAGAGACUCCACACAGACUAUAGCAAUCUGAGAAUUCAUAACAUCUUUGAGAUGAAGCAUGUGAAGAAAAAAGCACUGAAAGAAGAAGUGCAGCACCUGUGUGUAGAAAUCAUUAGAAAGAAUGAGCUGGUCAACAGACUUGAGACUGAAGUCUAUGAUCUGAAGCAUCAGUGUCAAUGUCAGAUCUGUUAUAUCAGCCCACCAGUUCUCUCAACAGUGUUGAUGAUAGAUUUGAACAUAUUCAAGAUGUGGUAUCACAACUUCUGA